AGUUCAUACCGAACCAAGCCAGAUUAAUUCGAUAAACUUGUCGUCUUUCGUCCAUGGAAUCGUUCUCCAUUACAGCGAUCGCAGGCUAUUCAUGGCUAUUUAUACACACACAGCUUGCUAAACAAGCGAGGAGGAUCCUAGAGGAAAACAUUGUUCCUUCUCUUUCUUAUCCGUCCAAAUCCGAUCAAGCUCGAGAUCCUCUUGCGAUCAAGCGUUGCAAUGGCGGGAGAGUCCGAAAAAUGGAUUCUGAUGGCGACGGCGAGAGCUCCGACAAACAUUGCGGUUAUAAAGUACUGGGGAAAGCGCGACGAAAACUUAAUUCUGCCGAUUAAUGACAGUAUAAGCGUAACGCUGGAUCCGGAUCAUUUGUCCGCAACGACGACUGUUGCUGUCAGCCCUAGCUUUGAGAAGGAUCGUAUGUGGCUCAAUGGAAAGGAGAUUCCGCUGUCUGGAGGGAGGUACCAGAAUUGUCUGAGAGAACUUCGGAAUAGAGCUGGUGAUUUUAUGGAUGAGCGGCGAGGCAUUCGGAUUAAUCAAGAAGAUUGGAAUAAGUUGCAUUUCCAUAUUGCUUCGUACAAUAAUUUUCCAACUGCUGCGGGAUUGGCUUCUUCGGCUGCAGGUUUUGCUUGCUUUGUUUUUUCACUUGCAAAGCUAAUGAAUGUCAAGGAAGAACUCGGUCAGCUUUCUGCUAUUGCAAGGCAAGGUUCAGGGAGUGCAUGCCGCAGUUUAUAUGGUGGAUUUGUUAAGUGGACUAUGGGAGAUGCAAUGAGUGGGAGUGACAGCAUAGCUGUUCAACUUGCUAAUGAAACACACUGGAAAGAUCUGGUUAUUAUUGUUGCUGUGGUAAGUUCGAGGCAAAAAGAGACCAGUAGUACAUCCGGCAUGCGUGAAAGUGUUGAGAGCAGUUCGCUUAUACAACACAGGGCUAAGGUUGUAGUUCCGAGAAGAAUAUUGCAAAUGGAAGAAGCAAUAAGGAACCGAGAUUUUUCAUCUUUUGCCCGAUUGACAUGUGCAGACAGCAAUCAAUUUCACGCAGUCUGUUUGGAUACUAGCCCUCCGAUAUUUUACAUGAAUGAUACAUCUCACAGGAUAAUAAGCCUUAUGGAAAGAUGGAAUCGGCAUGAAAAAACACCACAGGUAGCUUACACAUUCGAUGCUGGACCAAAUGCUGUCUUGAUCGCGCCCAAUCAUGAAGUCGCCACUCUUCUCCUUCAAAGACUUCUGUUCUACUUCCCUCCAGCCCCAAAUACUGAAUUGAAAAACUACGUCUUAGGCGACCAAACAAUACUGCAAGAAGCUGGAAUUCAAUCCCUGAGCAGUAUUGAAGCAUUGAAACCACCUCCUGAAGCUAAGGAUAAUGCCCCAGCCCAAAGAGUUGCAGGAGAUGUAAACUAUUUUAUAUGCACCAGAUCUGGAAAAGGUCCAGUGGUGCUUGUGGAGGAAGAUAAAGCUCUUAUUAGUUCCCAAACUGGGCUUCCCAAGUGAUUUACAUGAGAAAAGGUGCAUUUGUUUUACAUUUUUUUAAAAUAAUUUUUACAUUAAUAAGAAUUGAAAGUUAUGAUAAUAUUGCAUGUGUCAUGCAGAAUUUCAAUCUGAUUUGUCUGUCUUAUUUUUUGGUGUUCUUUGUAUCUCAUUUUGAGGCUUGG